AUGUUGUGUGAAGCUGUCUCCCGUUGUGACUCAGCGGGGGGAGCAAAUCAGACGGCCGACCAGAUCAGCUCACAGAGCCCGCAGAGAGUCCAGCAACAACAGCAGAGUAAAGACCCACAGCUGUAUGGUGGUUUUAACGAGAUCAGGCUGGGAAGUGGACUGAAUGAGAGCAGAGACACUUGUGGUAAACCUCAGGUGUCUGACUGGUGUCCACCUCAACAGCAGCACCUGAAUCUGACCAGCAGGGGGCACAACAACACGUCACACACUCAGACUGCUGCUGCUUCAUCCAUCCAUCCUCUCGUCCCUCUCCUCCUCUACAGCGACAGACACUUCCCUUCUUCCUCUCCGUACAGCCAGCCAAUCAGAGCACCUGCUGCCCGGCAGGCAAACGCCCGCUACGGGACACACCCACAUCACCAUGGCGACAGUGUCACCAGACAGCAUGUGAAGAAGCCUCUGAACGCCUUCAUGCUCUACAUGAAGGAGAUGAGACACAAAGUGCUGCAGGAAGGACGCGAGAGAGAGAGCGCCGCCAUCAACCGCAUCCUGGGACACAGGUGGCACGCUCUGUCACACUCUGAACAGUCCAAAUACUACAAACUGGCCGAGCAGGAGAGACUGCUUCACAUGCAGCUCUACCCCGGGUGGUCCGCCAGGGAUAACUACGGAAAGAGGAAGAGGAAGCGGAGCCAGCAGCCCACAAUAAGCUGCCCAAGCUGGACUCUGAGUGUUGGAUGAGACCCCUAAAGAGGCGACAUGUGACGCACGCACAUGUCCAGUAAAAUCUUGUAAAGUUGCUGCUGAUGAAACAGUAAUUUUUUGGUUUAAAUCUGUAAAGUCUUACUUGGUUAUUAGCUAAAAGGGUUCCUUAGAGACUUGUUUUAACAUGUGGCUCAAUGAUAUUGUGUGUCUUUAUUGAUUACAUCAGACAGCAAAGCAACUCGGCUGCAACCAACUCGUGUGUGUUCAUGCAGUUUAUCUGAAGUAAUUUUUAGAUCCUACUCAUCAUGAGAAUGUGAGGACAGUUUGAGCCCGAGUGGACGUUUCCAUCACAGCGGCUAUGGACUCCAGAUCUGAGCAAGCAUGGACAAUUAUUUACUACCCUUUGUUUUUAUUGUAUGUUGGUGGGUGUA